UUUUUUUUUUUCAAUAGUUUUUUUUCUCACUUUUGUCUUGUGGGUGUUUGUUAUUCAGUAAUUUAGUACUAUAUAAUCUAUGUUUUCUGUUGAGUUUUUUGGGAUUUUUGUUGUAUCUUGUGUUGUUCUGUAAUGGGUCUGUGUUAUUUCUUGCUAUUACAUCAAAAUUUUAUGUGGGGUUAUUGUAAUUUGUAAGAUUGUGGGAUAAAAACUUGUUCUUGGAUAUUGGAAGGAACUGGAACUUAAUGGAACAGAAUUAAUUUAAUUAGUUUGAUGUAUAUAGCUGUAUAUAAUUGUGCUGCAUCUGGAUUUUAUGGAAAAGAUUGGGCUUUUGAGAGUUUUUGUUCUUGUGAUUACUAGUUUAAGAGGGAGGUUUAGAGUAGGGGAUAUUCAAGAGAAAAGGAAGGCUUUUUCGAUAGUGAAGAUUGGGGACGGGGAUAAGAGGGGUUGCUCGGAUGGUAACUACCUUCCACCUCUAACCUUUAAGUUGUUGGUUCGAGUUACCAAGAGAGAAAAAGGAUAGGAGGAGCUUUAAGGUUGGAGGGAGGGGUUAAAGAAAAGAAGAAUAUUGGGGAUGGGAAAAAGCUAUGCUUUUUUGGUUUAAUGGUUAAAUGAGGCUUGAUAUGGUUAUUGUAAAGAAUUUUGUGUUCUUGUAAUUAUUCCAAAACUGGUUCAGAUAGUUUAAGAGUAGGGGAUCUUCGGGAAAAACUGAGGCUUUUUGAUAGUGAAGAUUGGGGAUGGGGACGAGAGGGGGUUGCUCGGAGGGUAAACAUCCCCCACUUCCAAACCUCUAAGAUUGUGGUUUCGAGUUAGCAACAGAGCAAAAAGGGUGGGAGAUCCUAGGGAGGGGUUAAAAAAAAAGAAGAAGAUUGGGCGCGGGUAAAAAAAUAUUCUUUUUGGUUUUAACGUGGAAAUGGGGCUCGAUACAUUUUUUUUUAAAAAGAAUUGUAUUCUUGUAAUUAUUCCUGUAACUGGUUCAUUUAGUUUAAGAGGGGGGUUUAGAGUAGGGGCUUUUGAAGAAUUUUGUGUUCUUGUAAUCAUUCCUAUGACUGGUUCGAAGUAGUUUAAGAGGGGGUUUAGAGUAGGGGGAUCUUCAACUUUGAGAAAAAGUAAGGCUUUUUGGAAGUGAAGAUUGGGGAUGACAAGAGGGGUUGGUCGGAUGGUAAACACCCUCCACAUCCAACGCUAUGCUUGUGGGUUUGAGUCAACAAGGAGCAAAAAGGGUGGGAGCUCCUAGGGAGGGGUUAAAAAACAGAAGAGGAUUUAAAACGGGUAAGAACCCAUUGUUUUAUGAUUUUAACGGGGAAAUGGGGCUUGAGUAGAGCAGAAUGGAUAUGGAGGAUUCAUUAAGUAGAAUUCAACUAGUUUGGAAUUAGGCUUUUGUGUAGUUGUAUGAGCCCAAUACCUAAUGUGUGGGGUUAAGUGCAUGUCACUAUGUUGAACCGGCAACUGAUAAAAAUCGGGUAUUUAGGCUGAGAAGGGUAAAAGGGCUGGCCAUUAUUUAUUGAGUUUCUGAUUGAGCCCUAGCGGGUAAAGGGUACAGGAUAAAGGAUUGGUGUGUAGUUGAUUGAUUGAUUGGUUGUUGUGGUCUUAAUGGGGAUGAUCGAGGAUUUAUUUCUUUUAUAAUUGACCAUGAAUGUUGUUUUUCAACAGAGUAGGUUUUUAUUAGGGGUUUAAGGUUGGAGAUUUUGAUGAUUGGGGAUUCAGACCAUGAAUUCUCAUGUGAGUGGGCAACAAUAUCAUUUACAGUCAUUGGACAGGCAAAAUUCAUGGUUUAACCUUACGCUUUACGAGGUUGAGAAUCAGUUGGUUGAUUUAGGUAAGCCUCCGGGCAGUAUGAGUUUUGAUGAGUACUCACAAGUCUCAAGUGUGUGGAAUGCAGAUUUAAUUCAGACUUCUGGAGGAAAUAUUGAUGGUACUUCCACUGCCACUUCUUUUCAGCAUCAGGCUAGCUUAACUCUGGCAAGGGUGAUUAGUAGUGAUACAGUUGAUAAAGUGUGGAGAGACAUACAAUAAGGGCAGAAGGUGAUAAAUCUUGAGGAGAUGAACAGCCAGGAGAGAGAGCUAACCCUUGGUGAGACUACUUUGGAGGACUACUUGGUGAAAGCCGGGCUUUUCGUUGCUGAUGCUUCUUUAGGACAUACAAUGUCAUUGGAUAAUCCUACGGCAAUGCAAAAUUUUGUGCCUCCAAUAGGCUUGUCACCAUCUCCUUCGCUGUCUGAUACACCAGUUUCUGACCGGAAGAGGGGUGCUAUGGACAUCGAUAAGACUAUUGAUAGGAGACUAAGGAGAAAGAUCAAGAAUAGAGAGUCAGCUGCACGGUCCCGAGCCAGAAAACAGGCUUACCACAAUGAGCUGGUGAACAAGGUGUCACAUCUGGAAGAGGAAAACAUGAAGCUUAAGAAAGAGAAGGAACUGGAGAACAUGUUAUCCGAGUUGUCGUCUGAACCAAGAUAUCAGCUAAGACGAACGACUUCAUUCUGAUCGAGUUCUUUGGCAGAAGUUACUAUAGUCAUUAUAGAUAUAGGAUUUGUGUAUCCUCUAUGAAACAUCUUAUUAGGUAGUUGGGAGAUAGAUGUUAGAAUGUUUGAUCUUUGUUUUUAUCUGUAUAUGUUUAUAGAUGCACAUGAAAAAACUGAAGAUGAAAUGGACUCUUUACUAUA